AUGCGGGAUCCGUUUCCCUUCCCGCCGAUCCCGGCGUUGAGCAAGGCGGUUGAGCCUUGGGCCGAGCAGUACUCUCUGCCUAUCCUCCCACUGCACAUCCAUGAAGUCGUCGGGUCCGCCCUCUUUUACACCUUCAUCUACGCCGUCGUGUCUCCGGUACUUUCGAACCGGCUGUUUCCACAGUUCUAUCCACGCCACAACCGUGCCAAGAAGGCCAACUGGGAUGCUCAUAUCGUCUCGCUCGUCCAGAGCGUGCUGAUCAACGCCCUAGCGCUGUGGUCCAUGUUCGCUGACAAUGAGCGCAAGAACAUGGACUGGGAGCAGCGGAUAUGGGGGUAUACUGGUCUAUCUGCCAUGAUCCAAUCUCUGGCCGCCGGCUACUUUGUCUGGGAUCUUGGCAUCACCCUGCUGAACCUGGACAUUUUCGGCCUGGGCUUGCUCGCCCAUGCCGUUAGUGCCCUUACCGUUUACACAUUUGGCUUUCGCCCCUUCCUCAACUUUUACUCGCCCGUCUUCAUCCUCUACGAGCUCUCCACCCCCUUCCUCAAUAUCCACUGGUUCUUUGAUAAGCUCAACAUGACCGGCUCAAAGCCUCAGCUUUACAAUGGCAUCGCCCUCCUCGUCACCUUUUUUUGCUGCCGCCUUGUCUGGGGGACGUGGCAGUCGGCUCUGGUCUACGCCGACAUGUGGAAGUCGAUUCGCCAAGGACCCUCGGAGACUUACAUUGCUUCCGCCUUUUCCAAUCCGGCCACUGCCUAUGAGAAGGAUCUCAAUCCCAUGUUCUUCGCGCAGGACGCUGGCCCGAUACCCAUCUGGUUGGCUGCUGUGUAUGCGGUCAGUAACGUGGUGCUGAAUGGCCUUAACUGGCACUGGUUUUACAAAAUGGUUAUUGCGGUCCGCAAGCGGUUCGAACCGCCGAAGCCUGGGAAGAGGGAGCCGUUGCCGGCAGGGGCCGUGGCCAAGCCCGAAGUGACUGCUGGGGCGGUGGACCAGGACAAGAUGACAGUGCGGCAUAGGCGGAAGCAUUCGAUUGAGGAUGUGGUGCCGGACAUUGACGAGCUGAGGGACGGGACAAUUCAGUGA